AUGGACGUGGAGUUCUUGUGCUAUAAAGUCAUGGAGAAACAGUUUUAUCCUGGGACUCUAAUUGUCAUCAAACCGACACACUACGGGGCGAUUUUUGAGUUAAGGAGAGAGAUCAUCAACGUUCUCGACUCUGUUUACCACCGUGAAUCUUCGUUCUUCAAUCAUCCUUUCGAUUGUGCCCUUAUUGAAAUAUUAAGGUAUUACAUAGUCUUCAUCGUAAUAGGUGGUACCGCUGUCCGUUUGGUUGGGAGUUCCUUAUCCCCUACGGAGUGGCUCGUUGUAAAGCUCUUCUUUUCUUUUGUUUGUCAAAGCCAAAAGUCAUGGAAUCUAGUCGCCGGAAUCUUCUUUCCGAUCAUCACUUUCAUUCUCUCAGCUCCUCUCGUCGGCCACGCCUUGUAUCUCUUCUGCAUGCGUAACGACCACGUUUUCUACCGAAGCAGCUUCCAAAGUAUGUCACGUGUACAGACACUCGUCAGCGUCUCUCUCCUCGCCUUGUUCCUCCUUAGCAACAUCGCUAUGUUUCUCCGACCACGACGGCUUAGCUACUUUCUAGUUAUUGUCUUCUUCGUCGGCUUUGCUUACGCCGGUGUGUACAAGAUGGAAAGCCGGCGGUUUCCUCCGACUCCAAUAUGGUUCAAGGGAGAAUAUAGGAAUGGACAACGUAGGUCAGAAGAAUAUCAAGUGGUUAAGAUUGAACAAAGUCAAGGACGCUUGCAAAGAGUUCACUUGCGGUUUGUCGACAGCUAUGACUUGCCACCGUAUGAUAGAAGAUUGUUACCAUCCGUUAAGACUGGAUGCUGCAGUCGGCCAGGGAGUUGCAAGCUAGAGACGGUCAACGCAUCAUUGUGGGUUACAAGAAAUCGUCAAAGACCACCGUUAGAAACGGCAAUGAUCUACGGUCGUUACAGUGGCAAUGCAGACAUAAGGGAUUAUUACGACAUGUGGAGACACGAGUUGAGUGUGUUGUACUAUGAUUGCAUGACUUGUCAGGUCAGGAUCAUUAAGUCUCCACGGCUGCGCAAAUGGUGGCACUUCGGUGUUUUCUUGUCAUCCCUCACUUCUUUGUUUAGAUAGAUCACAAAAACAUAUUUCUCAUAA